AUGAGGCAGCUUACAGAAGAAGAGACUAGAGUUUUGUUUGAGAAGCUUGCAGGUUACAUUGGUAGAAGUAUAUCCAAUUUGGUGGAUAGUAAAGACCAACCUCAUGUAUUCAGAUUACAGAAGGAUAGAGUCUACUACGUGCCUGAGAAUGUUUCCAAACUAGCUACUAGUGUAGCAAGACCUAAUUUAAUCUCACUAGGUACUUGUUUGGGUAAGUUUACGAAGACUGGUAAAUUUAGAAUUCAUGUUACUGCAUUACCCAUACUAGCACCAAAUGCCAAAUACAAGGUCUGGAUUAAACCUAAUGGUGAAAUGCCCUUUUUGUAUGGUAACCACGUUUUGAAAGCUCAUAUUGGUAAAAUGUCGGAAGAUAUACCAGAACACGCAGGUGUUAUAGUGUAUUCCAUGAACGAUAUACCAUUAGGAUUUGGUGUAAGUUCCAAGAGUACCAAUGAAUGUAGGGAUAUGCAACCUACAGGGAUUGUGGCAUUCAGACAAGCAGAUAUUGGUGAGUAUUUGAGAGAUGAAGAUACACUCUUCACUUGA